CGGAGGCCGCUGGCCCUUGACAAUAAACAUGGAGUCCAUCUUCCACGAGCGGCAAGAAGGCUCGCUGUGUGCUCAGCACUGUCUGAAUAACUUGCUACAAGGGGAAUAUUUUAGUCCUGUUGAGUUAUCCUCGAUUGCACAGCAGUUGGAUGAGGAAGAAAGAAUGAGAAUGGCAGAGGGAGGAGUGUCUAGUGAAGAAUAUAGAACUUUUUUACAGCAGCCUUCUGUAAAUAUGGAUGAUAGUGGAUUCUUCUCAAUUCAAGUCAUAAGCAAUGCCUUGAAAGUCUGGGGUUUAGAACUAAUCCUCUUCAACAGUCCAGAGUAUCAAAGGCUUGGGAUCGACCCUAUAAAUGAAAAAUCAUUUAUUUGUAAUUAUAAGGAACACUGGUUUACAGUUCGAAAGUUAGGAAAACAGUGGUUUAACUUGAACUCUCUCUUGAUGGGUCCAGAACUAAUAUCAGAUACAUAUCUUGCACUUUUCUUGGCUCAAUUACAACAGGAAGGUUAUUCCAUAUUUGUAGUAAAAGGCGACCUCCCAGACUGUGAGGCUGAUCAGCUGUUGCAGAUGAUUCGGGUACAGCAGAUGCAGCGACCAAAGCUGAUUGGAGAAGAGACAGCACAGUCAAGAGAUCAGAGGCUACCCAGAAGUGACGUGGACCAAGCAAUAGAAGUUAACCAUCCUUUUGAUGGAACAGGCAUGUUAGAUGAAGAUGAAGAGAAUUUUCAGAGAGCCCUGGCUUUAAGUAGGCAGGAAAUUGAUAUGGAAGAUGAAGAAGCUGAUCUUCGCAGAGCCAUUCAACUCAGCAUGCAAGGUAGUCGUCGAAGUCAGUUCUCGGACUCAUUACCACAGAAUGUUCCUCAGUCGCCUCAUACCAGUCAGACAGACUCCCUUUCUUCAGAAGAACUGCGAAGGAGAAGACAAGCAUAUUUUGAAAAGCAGCAACAGCAGCUACAGCAGCAAGAUCAGACCCCAAACAUACAUGCUAAGCCAACUCAAAGCUCAAGCACUCUGGAAGCCGAUCCAGGAGGUGAUAUGAGUGAAGAAGACAUGCUUCAGGCAGCCAUGAAUAUGUCUCUGGAAUCUGUUAGAAACCACUUGAAUACAGAAGAGGAGAAAUGACAACUUUUUUUUCCCUCUUAUUGUCAACACACUAAGUCUCCAUUAUAACUUUACUGUGUGGAUGUUGCACAAGCAGGGUUCAUUUCAGAGUUCUGGAAGCAGGAAAGAAAAGGGAAGCUGGAGGUCAGAGUUUAGAGGGAAUCUGCAAAUACAAAGAAGAUUGCACUGAUUUAGAAAACUGUAGCACUCCUAUUACAAAACAUGUUCCCAAGAGUAGCUGUAUCAAAAUUACUUAAACUCAUCACGUGAACAAAGUUAGACACGUGUAGCAGCUGUAACUUGCAUUUAAAAAGCAAGUUUAAAUUAUUCUGAAGAAUUCUAUAGAAAAUACAAAAGGUGCUGAAAAGUACUCUUGUACUUCAGUACUAAUGGAAAAAUAGAUAAAAGUAGUAAGUUCUACUCGUAAAUGACUAAGGCCUUUAUAAGUAAUCACUUAAAAUGGGAAAAAGAAUUAAAUUCUGUUUAUCUUAGAUAAUUCAUGUUGUGAUUGCUUAUUCCGAGUGACUUCAUGUCAACUUUUCGAUCCUGCUGUCCACUUCUGAAAUGACCCAUUCUGCAGGAGAAACAUGAAUCCAUAAAUUUCAUACUUUGCAAUUAAAGAGAAGAUCUUUAGUGUAUUGUUGAUUAUGAUACUCCUGAGUCUGUCAGUUACUUCUGACCUUCUGAUGCUUUCUGGUUUUACUUUCAGUUACAACUGUAAAAUUUUCAGUUCCAUGUUUAAAGUAGGAUUUUUGCAUUGCCCUGUUGUCUUUUGGCAGGUAACUUGCCUUCUUUUGUUUGGAUUUUUUUAUUUUUGUUUUCUUAUGCUCUUUCUAGUUAUGACACUGUUUUGACUAUAAAAGUAGCAUAUAAUCAGUUGGGUUCAACAGGUUUUCUUUUCUACCUCCUCUGGAGUCUUUUUUUUUUCCUCUUCAAGCUCAACUCUUCAUUCUGCAGUAUGAAAGCUGUAACUGAGUCUAGGAGAGGGGAAGGAGAAGGGGGUUUAGGUGCCAUAAAGUCAGUGCCACACACAUAAGGUGCAUUCCUGCAGUCUGAAAUGACCCCUGUGCAAGUAGCUCGUUUAAGAAUGAAUAUUUAUGUCUGUGUGAAUGUUCCUUCUGAAAUGCUUUCUAUGAGUGUCUGUCAGAAUGUUGCAGCUUUUUCAGGAAUGGCCUUUAUUCAUGCACCUUACAAUUUUUUAUCAUGCUGUUUCUGAUCCUGAGAAAAUGGGGAGCAAAGUAUGUGAGAGAGUUUAUUCUAUUGGUUGUGAGACAUUUGCUUUGAUAUCCGGGAUGAAUGUGUAACAGGGUGACCAAACCUGACUUUCAACUUCAGUGCAACAAUUGAGAUGAUUCAUUUUCCUAAAUGGUGCUUGAACUACAAAUUCUGUUUACACAUAAAUUAUAUGGGGAAUAUGUUGUAGAUAGAGUAUGUAAACUCUAGUCCACUUAAUGCAUUAACAGUUAGUACAGGCAUUCGGAGAAUCUUUUGAGGAUUACCCCAGAUUUCUUUAUCAAAAUAUUCUAAAGUUCUAUCAUUGCACAACAGUAACAUUUAAUUGAAAUUAGUAUGAAAUGAAUGGUAGCUAGAUGGAAAUAUACAUUCAGCAUCAAGUAGUACUGUACAUGAAAGGGCUUUUACCUCCCAGCAAAGAUUUGUUUACAGCAAUGGUUUCUUGAUAGCUUAGGAUAUUAUUAUAUUAUACACGAUUGAGCUAAAUUCUGUUUUCCUCACCUAUUUGCUGAAUUUCCACCAAUGUUACCAGAACCAGAGGUAUAUCUAAGACCAUACGGAUUUUGACAGGAGACAGCAUUACUUUUUAAAGACUGAUUUUAAAAUUUGUCUUUUUAAAACAAUCUUUUUAUGCACAUUAUAAUUAGUAUCUGUAAUGUCUCAAAUUAAUACAGCUAAACAAUGGCUUUAAAAGUCUGUGUGUGCAUAUGCCAUUUAAAAAUGCUAUUAUUUUUCAGGUUGUAAGUUUCUGCUUUCAGUUUAAAAUUUAUAUGAAACUGAAAACAGCAAAGGAAUCUGCAAAGCACUGAAUUAUUUCUCUGCUCAUCUGUAAAUUAUCCACAGCUUUAAUUUCCCUUCUUUUGUUGUGCCAUAAACUGAUUCUGAAAUAAGACUUUCCUUUUUAUAAAUAGGUAUAGGCUGGCAAUUUGAUACCAGAACUUGGACCUUUUACCCUCUAAGAAUAUAAUAAAAAUGUAUUAUUUCUAUAGCUAUAUAGUGUAGCAGCCCUAUAUUAAAAAAAAAAAAUCUAAGUCCCUUGAAUUGCAUUAACUGUAACCCAUGGCAAUGACAUGUUUUUAUAAUCACUAAAGCAUGGAGGUUUACCUUUGAACUUUCAUGUCAUUUUGUAAGUUACUUCAUCACCCAAGUGUUCUGAUACAUGAAGAAUAUACAGGAACAGUGCCUGAAAAGCACAACUGUGUCAGUCAUUACAGGGCUUACCCUAUUCCUUUCUGUGUCGAAACAUUGUCAUUCUACAAACACCAAUUUUAUUUUCAGAAGAAUGUCAAGGUUAAUGAAGUAGGUGCAUCUGCCUAGUGAAGCAGUUAAGAGGUAGCGAUUUAAGCUAUGUAUGUUAAUUGCACCAAAGGAAAAGACUAAUACUAAUUGCUGCAGUACAUAUUUAUAACCCAGACCUAAAGUUCAAAAUGUGUGGACCUGCUAAGAAGCUGUCAAUAAAAAGCUGAUGUCAUUUUUUUUGGUGUGCAUUCUUUCAGUGAUGAACAGUUCUCAACGUGGCUGAACUAUGCUCAUCAGGCGUUUACUAAUUUAGGGCCUGUUCCUGGUGUUAUCUACUCUGUCAAGCUGACGGGUUUUUUCCCACGUUGUAGCUUCAGGCCAAAGUCCAUUGUGAAGUAGCAGUUUUAUUACAGUAUGAUAUUUGAGGGAACUUCAGAUUUCAUUCAUCCAACAGAUUUUUACAGUCUUUCUCACUGUGAACGGUCCAUGUGACGUAAUUUGUGGUUUUCUGCCUAUAAAAAUCAAAGGGGUUUUAGGGGAAUGAGUAAUAUUUUGUUAAAUAUCUUCCAAAAUUAUUUCUGUAAGUGUAAUUCUGUAAACUGCUUUCGUGGUCUUGUAAUGAGGGCAGGAGGGAAAAGUGUUGUAAUGCAGUCAUGCUUGAAUGCAAUUCCUGUUAGGUACAGCAGCUGUAAAUAGGAGCUAUUUAAAUGCUCACAUUUUUCUGGGCUUGACACUAAUCUGAUACAAUACUGGCUUACUCUCCAACAUUCGGACUCCUAGUGCCCUUCAAACAACUUCAGCAAGUUUAAAUGUAUCUUUUGGCAAAUAUACUAUUAUAAUUUUUCAUACUUGGUUAAUUUGCAGCCUACUUUAAUACAAAGUUAAAUCACUGUGUUUUAAUGCACUAUUGCUUCUAUUACAAAUCUGUAAAAUGGCAGGGAGUUUAAAAUAGCUUCUGCACAUCUGCUAAACAGUUUAAUUUCUGUAUCUCAGACAAAUACUGUCAUUUGCAGUUGUUACAAAACUGACAAUUAGCCUUUCAAAAAUGAACGUUACAAUUCUAAAAUGUCUGAAAUUUUCUCAUACUUGUUUCAAAUAUAACGAUGAAAACAUACAAGUGGUGGCCUUUUUACUGAGAAAUAUAACAGGGAAUAGGAUUGGAUAACUCCAGAACUCAGACUUACAAAGAAGUAUUAAUUCAGGUUACCAGCACUUAUUUUAAAGGAAUGAAAGAAAGAAUCCAAAGAAAAGGAAAAUUGAAGUGGAAACUGUUCUAAGGAUUUAGAUAGAAAAUGAUAUUGCUCUUGGUAAGCCAUUACUGGCUUGCAUAAAACAACUCCUGGGAAAUUUUCAUAGUUACAAAUAAUUUAAAAUAAAAAGGGAAAAAAGGUCUCUCAGGGGUAAUAAAUAUAUACCUUUUCCCCACAUACACAAUUAGUUGUUCAAAUAAGAACAAUACUUCAUAUUAAUAUUCAAUUCUUCAGUUUCAAAUCAGUUGCUUGUUUGAGUUAUAUCCAGGUUUGCAUCUUAAGCGUGAACUGCUUUGCAAUAAACUUUAAGCUGUAUACACACGUUUCGCCUUAUUUGCAUUUCAGACAUGGAGGAAAUGCUUUAGUAUUUAACCUCCCAUAGUCACCUCUUCCCCCCAAUUACAGUUCAUCAGAUUGUUAAUGUAUAUGUGACUUUUCAACCACUUCUACCAAAUCUUUUUUUUCCCCCUUUUUCUUCUUUGUUAGGAAAAGCAAAUAAUUGUUACUACGCUUAAAAUUAUUUUUCCUACCUGCCCCCGGUAUAGCAACUGUGUGAAUUUGGGAGGGGAAACUUAAAAGGUUUGAACAGAAAAGGAUGUAAUAUUUAAAUAUUGGCGUGGGGGGGGUGGAGGAAGAAAAAAACCUUGAUAUUGUCUUUAAAGCAUGCAAGCAUUCAUUACAUUUUAUCUUUUGCUACAUGAAACCCUGUGUGUACAAAACAGUAUAAAGUCAGGAUUUUGUAUGGGAAUAAUUUUUUCAUCUCUUGCCUAAUAGUUGUGUAUUUUAGAAAUCAUUUUCAGUAAUAGAUUUUUUGUCUUGAGACUCUGCUUUCAAUAUCCUGUCUUUGGCUCUGGAUUCCUGUACAAUUUUUGUCUCUAUUUUGUGUAUAUAAAGCGUAUAAUACUGAGAAGAUUAAAAAAAGGAAAGCUGAAAUGCUUUGUCAUUGUUUUGACUGGAAAAUGGCAGUGCUGUUUGAUAUUUUGAAAAUGCUCCCCAAAUAGGCACAAAUAUAUAUGGUUGUAUUUGAUAUCAUUUUUUAAAAAUAAAUAUUAUUAUAGCUUCUGA